AUGCCAAGAGAUGACGACGAAGGGGUGAUCAGUAAUGAUGAAGCAUAUCAACAGAAUGAGUCCUGCAUUGUUGAUGGGAUUGUCCAAGUAGAAGUACAUGAAUUGGGGCCAUUGAAUAGAGAUGAUGUUGAUUCAAAUCGUAUUAAUACAAGUGAUGUGGAUAACGAGGGAGUAGAUGACGCAAAUAGUGAAGAAAGUGAUGGACAAGAUGACACACUAGACGAUUAUUGUACUGAUGAAGAAGAGAAUAUGUUUUGCUAUGCUACAACAUCUGAUGUGCUGCAGUUCUGCUAUACUGCUGAGAUGGGUUUGAUGAUAGUUGUUGGGGUGUUGAUGCCUGGUUGUUGUUGUGGAUUGGAGAUGUUUGCUGCCAGGUUGCAAUGA